UCCUCUCCGCUGUAGUUCAGCGCGUGUGUCCCUCUCGGUCAGUUGACCUGUCAUUUUUGUUUCCUCCCGUCUCUGGGUUCCACCUGAGUGUCAGCAUGUCCCGCUGUCUCUCUCUGGCUCGGCUCGCUCUCGGGUCCUCUCAGAGAGCUAAUGUGCGGAUGGUGUCCUGUGCACGCGGGCUGAGCAGCCGAGCUGUCUCGCGCUUCUUGGCUGGAGGUUUGCAGGUUGGACAGUCGCAGAGGUGGAGCAGUCAGCCCAGGGUGUGGAGCGCACAGCAGGCCUACCUUGGCUUCAGCCCGCAGUCUUACUACAGCACCCAGGAGGCAGAGAAAGAGCCAGAGGAGGAGCCUCUUCACAAUAUCAUCAGCGAUACAGAGGCUGUGCAAGGUAGCGCCUACAAACACGAGUUUCAGGCUGAAACCAAAAAGCUGCUGGAUAUUGUCGCCAGGUCCCUGUACUCGGAGAAAGAGGUGUUCAUCAGGGAGCUUAUCUCUAAUGGCAGCGAUGCUCUGGAAAAACUGCGCCACAAAUUGAUAUCAGCUGGUGGUGAAACAGCUCCAAUGGAGAUCCACCUGCAGAGUGAUGCAGCAAAGGGCACCUUCACCAUCCAGGACACAGGAAUCGGUAUGAACAAAGAUGAGCUGGUGGCUAACCUGGGGACUAUCGCCCGCUCUGGUUCUAAGGCAUUUUUGGACGCACUUCAGAACCAGGCAGAGGCCAGCAGCACCAUCAUUGGUCAGUUUGGAGUUGGAUUCUACUCUGCCUUCAUGGUGGCCGACCGUGUGGACGUGUACUCUCGCUCGGCUGAGCCUGAUGCACCUGGAUACAAGUGGUCUUCAGAUGGCUCUGGAGUUUUUGAGAUUGCUGAAGCCACCGGCGUUCAGCAAGGAACAAAAAUUGUGCUGCAUCUCAAAGAUGAUUGCAAGGAGUUUUCCUCUGAGGACAGAGUUAAAGAGGUUGUAACAAAGUACAGCAACUUUGUGAGCUUCCCUAUCUUCCUGAAUGGACGGAGGCUCAACACUUUGCAGGCCUUGUGGAUGAUGGAGCCUAAAGAGAUCAGUGACUGGCAGCACGAGGAGUUCUACCGCUAUGUCGCUCAGGCUUACGACAAGCCCCGCUACACUCUGCACUACCGCGCCGACGCCCCGCUUAACAUCAGGAGCAUCUUUUAUGUCCCUGACGCGAAGCCGUCCAUGUUCGAUGUGAGCAGGGAGAUGGGCUCCAGUGUGGCUCUGUACAGCAGGAAGGUCCUGAUCCAGACCAAAGCUACCGACAUUCUGCCCAAGUGGCUGCGCUUCCUUCGAGGUGUGGUGGACAGCGAGGACAUCCCUCUGAAUCUGAGCAGAGAGCUGCUGCAGGAGAGCGCCCUCAUCAGGAAGCUUCGCGAUGUUCUGCAGCAGAGGAUGAUCCGCUUCCUGCUGGACCAGAGCAAGAAGGAACCAGAGAAGUACAACAAAUUCUUUGAGGACUACGGCCUCUUCAUGAGGGAAGGCAUCGUCACCACUCAGGAGCAAGAUGUCAAGGAGGAUAUCGCAAAGCUGCUGAGAUUCGAGUCGUCAGCUUUGCCAGCCGGUCAGCAGACCAAUCUGAUGGAGUAUGCUUCCCGCAUGAAGGCAGGCACACGCAACAUCUACUACCUCUGUGCCCCCAACAGACAUCUUGCAGAGCACUCUCCCUACUAUGAAGCCAUGAAGCAGAAGGACAUGGAGGUGCUCUUCUGCUAUGAGCAGUUUGAUGAGCUGACUCUGCUCCACCUCAGAGAGUUUGACAAGAAGAAGCUUAUCUCAGUGGAGACCGACAUCGUGGUCGAUCACUACAAGGAGGAGAAGUAUGAAGACAUCAAGCCAGCGUCUGAGCGCCUGACGCAGGAGCAGGCUGACGACCUCAUGGCCUGGAUGAAGAACACUCUUGGUCCCCGUGUCACUAACAUAAAGCUCACUCCUCGUCUGGACACCCACCCAGCCAUGAUCACAGUGCUGGAAAUGGGCGCUGCGCGUCACUUCCUCCGCACCCAGCAGCUGGCGCGCACCCCUGAGGAGAGAGCCCAGAUACUGCAGCCCACACUGGAGAUCAAUGCAGGACAUGAUCUGAUCAAGAAGUUGCACGCACUGAAGGACACAAACUCUGAGCUGGCUGGAUUAUUGCUGGAACAGAUCUAUGACAAUGCCAUGAUCACAGCAGGCUUGAACGAUGAUCCCCGACCGAUGAUUUCCCGCCUCAACGAUCUCCUGACUAAAGCUUUGGAGAAGCACUGAGAGCCGCACGCAGACCCGCUUGGUUUUGAUGACAGCAGCCUGUAGACCGAAGCAUUUGCAGCAGCUGAAUGGCCGACAGAGCCAAAGAAGUAGACUUUCUAAAGAACGCUCCACCUCUCCCCCCCCUCUGGAGUACUUAAUUUCCACCAGUGAAGCACAUGUGAAGGCUUAAAAAGGAACUGUCGGAAGAUUCUCCGUAAACACUUCAGCGUCUCCAUGUUCUGUUCGGCAUUGUUUCAUGAGGACAUUCAGUGUGCAGUCCUGCCAUUAGCAGGACACGCAGGUCAUGGUUUACACCUGUCAGUAGUUACAGUGUGACUUUUACAUUAUGCUCGCGCUCUUUCUAGUGUAUUUUCAUGAUCAGGUUAUGCCAACGUGAAGUCGGGCUCAUUGUCAUUCACAUCCUGAACACUCCAGGCUUCUCAGUGAGCGUUGAGCCUCUGCAAAGGCCAACAGUCCACUUUUCUAUGAUAUGCAACUGCCAGCUGAACUCAUCUUAAAUAUCUGAAUAUUUUUAAGUUUGGAUUUAUGAGAAGAUUUUAUUUGUCUUCCUUUUAGACGUGCUUCACGUCUCUUGAUAAUCUGUUUGGUAGUUUUUGUGUUAUUGUGCUGAGAUUAAAAAACGGCAAUAAGAGAGUAACCUCGUCCUCCCUGACUGAGGUACAAAUUUCAAAAUGAAGGGGGGGGGGGAGUCCAGUUGCUGCAAACAUUUCAUCAUCCAGCACAAGUACAAUGUCUAACAGCAGAGAACCAGAAGGACACUUAAAUCCUUAAAGCCAAGGGCAGUGCUGCACCAAAAUUCAAAGGGGGUCUUCUUUAGCCAUACUUCACCUCUCAGCACAUUUCUUGAAAUUCAGCCUGGAAGGUUUCAUGUAAUCUUGCUAAGAAAUGGCAGCGAUUACAUACCUCUGCCUUAGCAAAGGAACAAUGCACUUGCCUGUUAGAAAUGUGUAGGAGCCUGAUCAUCCAUUAACCUCGAAAUAAGGCUGUUGCUCUAUUCUUUCCACCAUUCUUAUGUUCUCUAACAUUUCUUGUUCAGUUUUGUUUAUCAAGAGCUUAAAAAAGUGUUCCUGAACAGCUGUUUGCACUCAUAUACUCAACUGGAUUCAGCUGCAUUCAGGAACUGGUCAAAGUCAUUCUGAAUACUGUAAGGAUUUAUGGAGUUGGUGGUUGUGUCCUGUCUUGUCAGCAAAUAAACAUGGAUUCAACAUCAGUUCAGUUU